AUGCCUCCUAUCAUCCUACGCCAGAAUCCGUCUCCAGAGGACACAGAAUGGAUCUUCACUGCUCAGCUUGGGCCCGCAAAAAGGCCUGGGAUGGGUCUUCUUGUUUCCUUCACGCCGGACGCAAUCAAAUUGGACUGGGCGCUGUUCCCGAACAACCGCAUCUUACAGUCUGACCACAUCGUCAACUUUGUGCUCGUCUCCUUUGGUGGGCUGCGUUUCCCGGACAAGCCGCCGUCCACGAAUCGCGACUACAAAUUACGGUUCUUCAAAGAGGGCCUUCGACUCAACGGCAUCGAAUAUCGCUUUUACGGACACAGCAACUCUCAGUUGCGGUCCUCUAGUUGCUUUUUACGCGCAGGAACCGACAACGAGCUGGAACGACGCAUCAACAGUUAUGGGGAGUUCAGCAAGAUCAAAAACGUCGCGAAGUGUGCUAAACGUAUUGGACUGCUCUUCUCAAAGUCAGAGUUGGAUUGGAACCUAGAUCCUAGCGUUACGGAAGACAUUGACGACAUCAUCGUCGAUGGUGAAAACUUCUCCGAUGGAUGCGGCCUCAUAGGUCCGAACUUCGCCCGCCAGCUCAGCCGAAAGAAAAGAGUAUUAUUCCAUGGCAAGCCCUAUACGCCGUGCGUGUUCCAAAUCAGAUACAAAGGCUACAAGGGCGUCUUGAUGCUCCACCCAGAGCUUAACAAGAGGAUCGUAACUCAGUUCCGCGGGAGCCAGAAGAAGUUCCGGGCAACGACGGAGAACACGUUCUCCGUCGUGGCGCAUUCUGUCCCUUAUUCAUAUGCUCGGCUCAACAACGAGAUCGUCGUCCUCCUUGCCAGCCUUGGCGUCUCAUCCGAGACGUUUCUCAAGCGUCAAACCGAGUAUCACACCUGGAUCCAGGAAGCCUCUACGAACUGGGAGAUCGCCUUCAACAUCCUCUGUGCGCUCAAGCAGUUCGACACAGCAGAGCGCCUGCUCCUCGACGGACUCGAUGCGCCCCAUAUACAGAAGAGUAUCAGAAGCGUACAAAACACCGAAAUCGGCGCCUUCAAGAAGAACGAGAAGUUUCGUGCUCGGAUGAUCAUCCCCAGGUCUCGUUUUCUUUUCGGCGUCUGCGACCCGUACAGCAUCCUAGACGAGGGCGAAGUGCACGUACGAGUGUCCGUUCCGCGUAAGGGCGCGACGACGCUCACGAACAUCGAUGUUCUCGUCGUGCGAAAUCCGUGCUUACAUCCCGGUGACUGUCUGAAACUUCGCGCCGUCGCCCAUCCGAAACUAGCUCACCUCGUCGAUUGCAUCGUCUUUGCGUCAAAGGGGCGCCGCGCGGCACCGUCGAUGAGCGCAGGAGGAGACUUAGGCAAGUAG